ACAGAGGAACUUCCUGCUCCUCUCUGAUUCGGUGGCUGAUUUAAUUAUUUUUAAAUUAUAUUCACUUAAAUAUAAUUAGCUGUUAUAAAUAUAUAAAUAUAUAAAUAGAUCGUAUUUUAGAUUAAAGAUGUCUGGUGGGAGAAACAGAGAAUUUACUGGUCCAACACCUCACUCAGUGGCUCUGAGAGCCAGACAGCCAUCAGCCAGACCUUCAGAUCAUCUAAUCCUGGAGAGGAGGAAACAAGAAGCUGCUCGGAAUAAAGUUCUGGAUUUGACCAGGGACCAGCAUGACUGUGAUCUGAGAAACCACUGGGAGAGGAACACUGAAAGGAAGAUGGUAUCGGCCACUAUUGAGCGACGAGUCCAGGAGGCCAUGGAGCAGUAUCAGAUGAGCAUUGAUCAACGAAGAGACAGGCUGCGUGAGAUGCUAGAAUCUGAAGAGAAAGAAUUGCUGAGAGAAAUGGAGAUGAAGAAAGAGACUGUAUUUGAAAGACAAGCUAAGAUGCGUGAGAGAGCGAAAUAUCUACAGGAGAAAAGAGAGAGCGAGAGACAGAAGGUCGUUGCUGAUAAACUUGAUCAGCUCUUCAGAGAGCAGAGCGUGGAGCUGCGAGCCGUGCAGACGCGCCGCAGACAGGACGAGGUCUGCACAGACCGCGCCGUCCAGAUCCAGGCCAGACGGCAACAACAUCAGGUACAGGAACAAGAAGAAAUGCUGUUCGCCCAGCUGUGGGAGGGCGACCGGCUGGCCAAAGUUGAGCGCGAUAAUCUGGAGACUCGGCGGCAGAAGGAGAACAACCAUCAGCAGCUGGAAUUCCUCCGGGCUCAGACGGAGGCCGCAGAGAAACAGAGGCUGCAAGCCAAGCAGCUCAAAGAAGAAGAAGCUCAGCUACUGCGAGAUCAGAGAGAGAUGAUGCGUCUGGAGGAACAGCGAGAACACCUGCAGAAGCUGCAGAACCAGGAGGACAGACGCAAACAGCUGGAUCUGUCUCUGCGGCUGAAGAUGAAACGACUGGCGCAGGAGCAGCAGGAAGAACUGGCACUCGACAUGAACAUCCUGGAGCGACUACUGGCACAGACGACUGAUGAGAGAAGGGACGAUGCUCUAAGAAAGCUGGAACUGCGGGGGGAGCAGGACCGUUAUCGGCAGUACCUGGAGGAGCAGUUAGAGGAUCAGAGGAGGCAGGAGACGGAGACGGAGCAGCUGAUGGAGGCGGAGCUCCAGCAGACAUGGAAACGCAGAGCAGAGCAACAGCGCCUGGAGAAAGACGCCAGAGACCGACUCAUGAAAGACGUGCUGGACACUCGGCGCUCACAGAUCCAGGAAAAGUUGCAGAGGAAUGCCCAGAAACAGGAUGAACUGGCUAAUGAGAGAGACGAGCUGAAUAGAACCAUCCAGGCAAACAAGCUGCUGGAUGAACAGGAAAAAACACGUCUCAGGGAGGCCAAUCAGAAUUACCAGGCUGAACUGUUGGCCCAGAUGUUGUCCCAGCAGCAGCUGCGUGAUGCUAAGCAAGCAGAGAAAGAGCGGGAGUACCAGACAGGUCUGCUCUACCAGGAAAAGUACGACCAGAAGGUGCAGGACAUUCUGUCCAGACCGACGUCCAACACCACUGCUGUUCAUCCCUUUAGGAGAAAAGGUCGACCAACCUCCAGCUGAAACGUUUAGCCUGUUGCUUAACAAAAAGCAUAAACGAAUAACAUAAAGCUGUGAUUCGCUCUCAUUACAUUCAAAAGUAAAAUGAAUAAAGUGUUCUCAUUGA